CGCGCGAAAGGGAAUGCCAGCUGAAGGGGGAGGAGGGGACGGAAAGGUUUGCAGAAGAUUCAGAGAGCAUAACUGCUCGCGGAAAUUCACUCGCUGCGCAGCUCGAGCUCGAGCCAUGGUUUCCUUGCUGUCACCCGUGGCCAGCAGCAGCAGCAGUGCCCGGCCGCGAGGCGAAGACAACCGUUGCUAGAUGUUCGUUGGGUCAGUAGUAGCAGCGAGCGUUUGUUGUUGUGGGUCCAAUCGAUCGACGAAGAGGACACGGGCUCCGCAAUUUCUCGGUGCCGAUUCCGAGAAGAGCAUCUGAUUUCUUCCUUCGUUGCGCAGAGAAAGCUCCAAUCUCAAUCCGGGACGAGAGUCUGUCUGGCAGUGCACACCGUUUACACUCGGUGCAUGUGGCUGUGGUCUAUUUGGGCAGCAGUCUUCAAAUUUAACCUCCGGAGCCAAGAAUUCGAUCAUUCGCUCUAUGAAUUGUCCGCUGCUAUUUGUACAGCCGCCUGAUUCGACAAGAAUGUAAGAAGCCCGACCAUAGCAGGAAAGGCAGGCGGGCAGGCCAACGCACAAGUGAUUUCGCUGCAGGAUUAGUGGAAUUGAAGGCGAGAUUCUCUCGCACGUGAUGCUGGUCUGGUUGGUGACGCAAACAGUGGACAGCAGCUGUUGCGACAGAAGACAUCAAUGACAGGAGGAGCAUCAGGGACGAGCAAAACAGCGUCCGAUUGUCGACGUGAAGAAGGAGCGCAAACAAUUUCCAUGCACGAAAGAAUGAUGUCGUAAGCGGAGAGUGCCAAUUUUUCCGGGAGACGAAGAGAAGCAAUCAUGUUCUGAAGAAAUGCUGGUGGCGGUUAGGGGAGGGACGAUGAGUUCAUGCGAGACCGGAGGCAUGGAAGCUGGAACCCACAAGGUUGCUCCAGAUUUCGGUUACAGGUGAUACGCAGCCGUCAUGUGAAUGCGUUGGACGUCAUGCCUGUGAUUCGAAGAGCAGAGGAACCGCUGAUUUGGAAGUUCACGGUUGAGGGAGAAUUGAGAACCGGCCCGAGUUGGCAGCAGGACUGACGAACUCCUCGACGAACUUUGCCAGUGGACUAAAGCGUAGCAACCAUGGUUCUUCCGAUUUUCUUCGUCUAUGAGUGCCUCCUGUUUCAGUUCAGGAAAAUGGGCGCCAAGUGCAUCAAGGCGCUGAACACGGCCAGAGCGAAGCUCAAAGGCAGGAAUUUGGACAUUGCAGACUUCAAGGAGUUUCUGAGUUACACUAACACUCGCCUUAAUCCUGAGGAAAUGACGCUCCUAAUGAAGACCCACUGUCCCGAUGACAAAUGCUUCAGCUUCAUGGACAUGAUGGAGAAAAUCAGGGGCACGUGGAAGAAGCAUCGUGAGAGACUGGUGAAUUUUGCAUUCAAGAAACUAGAUAAGGAAGGGAGUGGUAAAGUGAGCAUCGAUCGAGUCAAGGAGAUGUACAACGCUGCAGUGCACCCGGACGUCAUGUGCGACAGGAUCACCAAAGAGGAAGCCUUGCAGGAGUAUCUGGACAAAUCGUUCGCCGAGCUGGACAGCGUUUCUCAAGCCGACUUCCUUGAGUACUACCUGCUCCACUACGGCGAUAUGGUUUGCGAGACUGCGUUUGAACUCCGUAUGAUGAAGGACUACAAGGUGCAGCACGAUGAAUAUGAUGUGGAUAACGCAAUUAACAAAGUGAAACUGAUCGUUUACAAAGGACGAAUCCGGAGUCGCGAGUUCAUCAAGCAACAUGACCCGCUCAGGCAUAGGCUGAUAUCCGACACGCAGUUCGCUCGGGCGAUCGAUCUGACCAAAAUUGUGCUCGACACACGCGAGGUCAAAGCGAUUUGUGACAACUAUCGAAUGCCCGACGAGCCUCUGCUCCGAGUCUGCUGGACCGCCUUCUGUGAUGAGAUUGACACCGUUUUCACGUACAAGGAAAUGGAGAAGACCCCUCUCCGAAAUGUGCCGCCGAUACCGCCCUUGCCGGGGCUGGCGCCGACUCGGUUCAUGGUGGGAUGCAAGAACCUGGGCCUGUCGAAGGAGCAGAGAGUGAAUUUCAUAUUGAAGGACAUAAAGAAGAUAUGCUACGACAGACGGCUGUGCACGCAGCCCUUCUUCGAGGACUUCGCGCACGGCAAGAUGAGCUGCAACGUGGUGGGCCAUGUGACGUAUGCGCAGUUCGGGGCAGCGCUCAACAGCGAAGCAGGGCUGCGCAUUCUUCCCGCAGACUUGAAGCUGCUGCAGGAGAAAUACGACGAUUUGAACAACGGCAUGUGCAACUACUUCGCCUUCUCCAACGAGAUUGAUCCCUUCGCGCCUGCGAACCAGAAGAAAGGACCACCUCCGGAGCCUCCUCGCUCGCCGUACCCGCGCAUGCCCGAGCCCCCAUACCACGAUCCCGUCCCUGGCAACCCCGAUUGGAAAAUUGAACCGCACCUUCUGGGUGGCGAUAAGAAGCCUCUCAUGAAACGACCCAAAUCGCCCCGCCCGCCCGGCCACGAGGGUUGGCCUUGAUCUUCACCAGCUCAUGACGCUCGUGAAUCGAUCGAUCGACCCAAGCCUUCGAAGGUUGUAAUCAUAGACGGAGGGCUGGUGAAAUGAUCUCGGAUGCUAGAGUAGUCCAAAAGAGUAGAAGCAGAAGAAAAAGGAGAAGAAGGAGAUGAUGAUGAUGAUGAUGAUGGGAUUUGUUAGUUGAGUGAGGAGCAAAAGAUUAGUGAAGUAUGAUCGAAGCGCAGAAGAGAUUGAGAAUCCGACAUUCGGUAUUGGCCAACAGUUUCACUUUUGUGUACGUCCUGGUGUGAUGACGAACAUUCCUGCUUUUCCGAAGUCUUCCUUUACUCCACAAGAUCCAAGCAGCUGUGUUUCCUGAUUGCCAGUGCGCAAACGCACGAUUUCUUAAAUCUUCAUAUGUUAGAGAACGUGCUUGCUGCUGCUCAGAUGAGAGCAUAUUUUGCAUUUGUCUUCUAGGCGUGCAAUCUUGUUUUAUCUCCCCCUCCCAAAUAUGAUUUCCUUUGAUUG